CGGGGAUGCUGUUGGGUUGACACCGGGUCGUGAACGUUCGUGUUUAUUUUGUCUGUGGAGGAAUUCUUUCUGAGUAAAUAUCGAAUAAUGGCUAAACCUUUGUCUGGACUUGUCUGUCUUGUGACUGGAGCUACGAGAGGAAUUGGAAAAGGCAUUGCUCUCCAGCUGGGCGAAGCUGGUGCUACCGUUUAUGUGACUGGACGGACUUUGCGCAAAACUGAGAAAAGCCUUGGGUCCCUGGAGGAAACGGUGGAAGAGAUCAACGGACGGGGUGGACGCGGCGUGGCCGUGCAGGUUGACCACACCAAGGACAAUGAAAUCGAACGACUGUUUGAGAAGAUAAAGGCCGAACAGAACGGACAGCUGGAUCUGUUGGUGAACAAUGCGUAUUCGGGUGUUAAUUCUUUGAUCGAUGUGGCCACCAAACCGUUCUGGGAACAACCGAUCAGUAUCUGGGACGACAUCAAUAUCGUUGGAUUACGUAACCAUUACAUCUGUUCGGUCCACGCUGCUAGAAUGAUGGUCCCUCGCAAAUCCGGGCUCAUCGUCAUUGUUUCUUCGGGUGGUGGACUGGUCUAUACAUUCAAUGCUGCCUAUGGAAUUGGCAAAGAAGCUUGCGACAGAAUGGCCGCUGAUUUGGCCCACGAACUUAAGAAACACGGCGUGGCUUGCGUCAGUUUGUGGCCAGGCUAUGUCCAAACCGAAACUCUGAUGAGCUUAUACUCCUCAGCGGACACGUCGGAUAUACCCGAGGGGUACGAUCAAAUCAAAGAAGGGUUACCCAACGGAGAAAGCACCGAAUUCAGCGGGAAAUGUAUUGUUAAAAUUAUGUGUGACAAAGCGAACCUGAUGAAGAAAUCUGGGCGUAUAUUGCCGACGGGUGACCUGGCAGAUGAGUAUAGCCUUGUAGAUAUUGAUGGCAGGAAGCCGGCGUGCAUGCGAUCGCUGAAAUUCCUUGCCACUCACUUCUUACGCAUUUCCAGAAGUAAAGCCGACUGGAUUCCAGGUUUUUUGAAAAUUCCUUCAUGGUUGGUCUAUAUGAUGGGGUACAAGUUUUAACCUAUUUAAAUAUAGAGAUAUUUACGUUGAUAUCUAAUUCUAUAAAUUGUUCACAUAUAUUAUUUCUUCAGAUUAAUUGUUUUAAAAUUAUGUUAUUAAUUCGAUGUUCACUUUUAUUAUAAAUGAGAAGUUUGUGGCAUCACUACAGAUGCGUGUCCCCGACUUUGUUUCUUUAUAACUUUU